CCUGAAGGCAGCGGCAGAUGCGGGUCUUAUUUGUUCUCUCCAGCAGGAGGGCGUUCCGCUGAAGAACAUACGAACACACUGUGGUGAAUUAUGCCGGCGUACGUGCGCACUGAUUCAUAUUUAGAUGCUGCCACAGCUUAGCUGUUAUCCCAGGGUCUGUGUUUUUGAACCCCGGGCCUUCCUUGAUGUUAGCCUUCCUGGUGGUAACACUGCCGGGGGAAAGGCGACAGAGGAGGCCAGGCCCGAAGACAUGGAGGCUAGCCGUCCUUGCAGAGGGAGUGAGCUGUAGGACGUGGUGAUUUCUGAGCAGAGUUGGCCCUCCUAGUAUGGACCCCGGCCACAUCGGAGGGGAUAUGUCACCUUUGUAUAUGCCAAGAAAGAGGAAGCCUGUUCACUCACUUUCAAAAAGUGGAGUGCAAUGUCCAGCUGCUGUCCAGCGAAUGCCAGAAAGAGCCUGUGAAGUAAAUACAGUUGGGUACUCAGAGGAGGAUGAGUCCCAAACUGAAGACGGAGUAAAGAUGAAGAGAACUUACAGUAGGAAAAGGUAUGAGGACCUCCAGAGUGUUUCCCUGGGAACAGUAGAUUACUCGACAACCAGCUGUUCUGUGAUGUCAUCAGAUGGCCUGGCCAAUGGGUCAGACCCAGGGUCCAUCGGUCCGCCCACUGCAAGGCUCCCUCCAAGACUGGUCGCGAAGGAUGUUUGGCCUCAAGGCCCAGAAGCUAGCGGGGAGCAGUCCCAGCCUCAUGAUCAGAGCUGGAACUCCAGCAGGGAGCAAGGACCUGACGCCUGGGCUCCAGGCAGAGACCGACCCCAGGACCAGGUGUGGAACUCUGGCAGAGACAGAGGGGGACACUCCAGUCAGGACCAGAUAUGGAUUCCAGGCAGGGACAGAACUCAGUGUGGGCCGGAUCAGUCCUGGAUGACAGGCCGGGAGCGGGGUCCUGAUCAGGGCUGGGCAGCUAGCAGAGAUCAAGGACAGGAUCAGGCCUGGAAUGGAGGCAGAGAUCCAGGAAGGGACCGGGACUCGUCAGGGCCGGAACAAGGGUGGGGUACUGGCCGAGGCCCAGAUCAAACCUGGAACAACACAAACAGGGAUAGAGGGAACGUGUGGAGACCUGACUUGAACAUGAAAAAGGUCCAGAGGCCAGAGAUGGAGCCAAGCCCCGCACCCAAUAACUUCACACAGCCACCAGAGGGCAGAGAAUCCUGUUCAGAUGCUGCCAGUGCUGGUCAGGCCUCAACAGCUCAGCCGAACGAAGACCAGAAACCUUCAAUCCUGCCGGCUAAGAAGGAACCUCCUACUUAUCCUCCAGGAAGCCAAGAGGAACGCUGGCAGCUCCAGAUCGUUGCCAAAGGAAGAGUCACCUGUCCAAAGUGUAAAAGUGUGAGCAGGAAGACUGUGGAGGGGCUGAAGAAACACAUGGAGAACUGCCGACUGCAACCUUUUACCUGCCAACACUGUGGGAAACAGCUCAAGUCUUCAACAGGGAUGAAGUAUCACAUCAUGGCUGACCACAGCCACUUGCCUUCAGCUGAUGAUACCAAGGACCUGGAUGAUCGUGCUAUAAAAGACAAGCUACGUAAAAUCCUGAAGAGACUGGGCAAAUUAAAAUGUUCCAAAGAGGGUUGUAACGCUGCAUUUACCAGCAUCAUGGGCUACGUGUAUCACAUGAAAAAGUGUGGAAAGGAGGAGUCCGAGCUGGAGAAAAUGCUGCUGAACUGCUCUCACUGCGGGAAGACGUAUAAAUCCAAGGCUGGUCUGGAGUAUCACCUGAAAUCAGAGCAUGCUCCUACCCCACAGAAGACUGAGGAAGAUGAGGCACUGAAGGCUCAGAGGGAGGCUAAUCCAGAGAGGACGCCCAGCGGCAGGGUGCAGAGAGCCUCGGCCCAGGUGGCCAACUUCCACCUGGCUGAGAUUGCCAACAAUGAACUGCCCAAAGACUGGCCCAAGAGGAAGUUUCAGUCCGACCUGGUACCAGAUGACAAGAAGUUGAAAUAUGCCCGACCCGGCCUCCCUGCUUUCAGCCAGGAGGUGCUGAGGAAGUGGAAGAAUGAGGUGAAGCUGCAGAGGAAAGUCCAGUGCCCCAACCAGGGUUGCGGUUGCACCUACACGAGUGUGUCUGGACUCAAAGCUCAUCUGGGACUCUGCACGAGGGGCGACUUUGAGGCCGGUAAAUACAGAUGUCUGAUCUGCAAUAAAGAGUUUAACUCUGAAAGUGGAGUGAAAUACCACAUCAACUCUGUCCAUUCACAGGAUUGGUUUGUGACGAACAAAAAAGCCUCCAAGAAGUUUGAGAAGUUCCUUAAAAACCAGCCCAAAGAGGUCGUCCGUAAUGUGGAUAAGCAGACUGUUGAUCAGUACCACCAUCAUCACCUGCAGCAUCAUCCUCAUCAUCAUCAGCAGCAGCACCAUCAACAACACUCACAUCACCACCAUCAGCAGCAGCAGCACCACCAGCUCCAGCACCAGCCUCUGCAGCACCCACUUCAGCCGCUGCAUCACCUCCAACACCAAACUCAGUACCUCCAUCCAGAGAGGCAGAACCUUCCUCCACAAGUGGACCCCCAGCCCCAACAGCCGAUGCUCCAGUACACCAGUUUGGAGCCUCCUCCGGGGCCAGUGUGGGUCGAUAUGGACCACAGAGGAGCCGUGCUGGGGCCGGAGCAGGCCCCGAUCGAAAUGGAAAUGGCUGACAAACCUGAGGAGGACAGUGGUGGGAUGGUGAAGGAUACAAGGAGAGGGAAGGAGGAAAAAGGAGUAGAUGUAGGGGAGAGGGGGAAGGCUGAUAGGAAGCAGAAGGAUUGCUUCACUUUCGGCGGUAGCAGCAGAGGCGGAGGUUGUGGGCGCAGCAGCAGCAGUAGCAGUAGCAGCAGCAAUACCGGCAGCUCAUCGAGCGAAUCGGAGGUCGAGCAGCAGGAGCGGCAGAGACAGAUUGACCAGUGGAGCCUGAAACGACCGGGCAUCAUGGGCCUUUCGCUGAGGCUGGAAAGCGACAGAGAAACAUUUAAAAAGACCUAAAAAAACACACUUUCCUUCACAUUUCAAAUGUCUGCAGCUGAUUUGAAUGGAAGUAGAGAAAAAACGGUGAAGCGAGAAAAACGUCUGCAUAAGUUUUCCACAAGACAAACCUGUGAGACGGCAGCUGAGACAAUUAAAUCCACUAACCUUUCGGAAGUGACGGUGGAUGCCUUGAAGACAAGCUCUCAAGCUGUGAGCGUGGAAAGCUCAGACUGCUCGUGUCCAGAGGCUGUUUCUGUCUUGAAAUGGUUGUCGUUGUAUAACCUUGAGAAAUGUAGUUUAUCGUGUUUAUCUGUAACAGAUUGUUUCCACCAACUUUAAUUGUCUUAUUGUUUUAAAAGGUUUCAUAAAACUCUUCUUGUCUUUCAUGUUUUGAUUUAAAUGGUAAAUGGCCUGUAUUUGUAUCGCGCUUUACUCAGUCCCUAUGGACCCCAAAGCGCUUUACACUACAUUCAGUCAUCCAUCCAUUCACACACACAUUCACACACUGGUGAUGGCUACAUUGUAGCCACAGCUGCCCUGGGGCGCACUGACAGAGGUUAACCUGAACAGAGACUGCCAGGUGGAGUGUUUACUUGUACUUGUCUAGUCACACUCUCUGAAGACAUUCUGUGCCUCUCGAGUAUGAUUAGUAUGACUUCAUACUACUCAUCACUUUUAAUUAUGACUGAUCACCAUCCUUGGUGAAGUAAUGUUGGAAAUGACAGGAUCACUGUUCACUGGCUUGGAUUCUUCUGUCUGUCUGAUGUUGUUUUCAUUUCAGAUUUUUUUUAUAUAAUUUUGUAUUUAGUUGCCAUUCUUAAGUGAAACCUGCUGCCAGUUUACAGACUUUUGGGCAUGUACAUGUGACAUAUAAGUAGCAUUGAAGCAAAUCUAAUGUAAAAGGAAAGAAAUGAAAAUAACAUUGUAUCAACCAACACUUUAUUUCCUAAAGUGUACUGGAAACAUCAGUACUGUUCUUAUUAAGUGCAAAACAGCUUAGGCAAGUAAUCGUGUCCAUUGUAUGACUGCAACUCAUAUCCAUCAGUUACAGAAUAUAAUGAGCAGUCUGAAACCACGUAUCACCAACACAGCUGGAAAUUCCCUCCUAAACUGAAUCUCUUGAUCCUGAUAAUGUUCUGAUAAUUUCUUGAGAACUUGAAGGCCAUAUUAAACAUUUAUUUUCUUAUUUUUCUUUUGAUAUUAGUGAAUAUAUGGCACAAAACGUCCAGUUUUUCGCUAUAAUCACUUCUAAACCUCUGGUAAAGAUUUCAUGCGCAUAAAAUCAGUAACAUUUUCCUUAAUCCUGUGAACAAACUGACAAAUUAACCAAGCACACAGCCUCCUUAGUGGAGGUAGCUACAGGAUGUACCCCCGGUUAAUUAAAGCUCUGUUCGUGUAGGAUUAUUUGCUGUAACCUGUGAAGUCGGAAACCUUAGAAAAUUUGUUAUGUACCAAGAAACAGAAACAAACAUAGUUUAAUUUGUUUGCGUAGAAAUUAACCCGUGAGUGACAUGACGUGAUUUUUUGUUCUUUUAUUUUUGUUGAAAUGUAAGAAUCCUUUAUUUGCCAAAAUCUGGUUCAGCGUCAGCAGUUAAAAAUAAUCUUAACUCAAGUUAUGCGUGUGUUGCUUUAUUGGCUUUAUUAGAUAAGUGCAGUGAAGAGUGACAGGAAAGUGGAGGGAGAGAAAGAGGUCGGAUUGAAACCUGGGCUGGCCGCUCCCAGCAACACAGUGUAUGGUCACCUAUACCAAAAAAAAAGAAAAACAUCAGUAAAUGUUAAAAACAACUAUUUUGUCUCUUCUUUAUUUCACAUUUUUAUGUCACAUUUGAUUAUGUUGUGCAGACCUUCAGUCAGAGUGCAUGCAUCCUCCCAGCUCUCCUCCACUGACAUAAAUGCAGCUGACUGGGGUGUGAUGAAUGGAAGCUAACUGUCAUGUAACAUGAAGGAUAUUCACUCUUAUUUAACCGACAGCAUGUAGCCUAAUGUUUACGUACUCUGUGUUUUGUAUCUCCUACAGUGGGAAAUUGUCACGUCAAUCAGUUCUGUGAUGUUUUCCUAUAAAUGUGCAUAUUUCUUUACAAAUUUAUUUUGAAUGUAUAAAUGUGUUUAGUUCUUGUUUCUCUCAUUUCUUCUGCACUCCCAUAGAGCUGGAUAAAUGAACCAUUUAACACAAAUUGUCUCUUAAUCAGUGAAAUUAUGUAAAGUGAAAAACACCCAUGACUGUAUUUACUGUUUGAUUUUCUUUAAAGUGCUUUAACUCUCUUUACCCUCCAUCAGAUGCCUUUAGGAUGAAUAGUUGGCGUUGUUUAAGUCUCAAAUUAGAAAACGCAUUAUUUUUUUAUUUUUAUUAUUGUUAUUCUCUGUUCAUUUUAAGUGUUGGUGAACAUUUGGUUCUGAGUUGUGUCAGGACCUCUGCAUACUUACUUGCAAGUCUCUUUUUUUCAUUUUUAGACUGUUAAGACUGAAAAGUCUUUAAAACAUGAAUUUUACUUUAGUUUUAUAUCUGUCUUUGUCACUAACCACUGCAGAUUUCUUUUGAUGGUGUUUGUACGUAAGAGGGAAAUAAUUAUAAGACUUAAGUCGGUAGUUUCUAAUCUUUGUGGGUUGUGAUCUCAUGAAGUGAAGCCAGCAUCUACCUUCAUGAGAGAUUGCGUUUUCUUUGUGGUCACUUUAUUAGGUACACCUGUCCAAUCUUAAUUCGAUUCAGUUCAACUCUCUGAAUGUAAAGCCUACUUUCUGUCUAAAAUAUUGAGGGUUUGCUUAAUAUAUGAAUUCUUUUGUAUUGUAAUAUGAUGGACGAGAACAUUUUUAUCAUGAUGAGCUCUAUAAUAAACACAAUAGCACAUUUCUGAUAUUCUUCAACAUAAUCUACACAUGAAAGUAGAUUUUUUUAGAGCCGAAAUAAUUUACAAGAUAACUGAUACUGACAGCUGCUGGAGCCAAAACAGUAAAACACCUGUGACAAAAUAGCUUGAAUGAAUUAAUUUAGCUCAACAAAAUAGCCCAAUUAAAGAGAAAACAAAUGAGCUCAAUUUAGCUCAACAGGUAAAAUUAUUAAUAUUUCUCCUUCUUUUGGGUGUUCACUUUCGGGGGUUACCACAGCACAUCAUCCUCCACAUUCUUAGCCUCUAGGUCAGGGGUAGGGAGAGAGCCGGUGUCCUGCAGGUUUUAGAUCUCACCCUGGGUCACCACACCUGAAUCUGAAAA